AUGGCAGAGCUUUCAGAAAUCUUCAGCUUCCUGCGUCAGCCCUCGCGACAGUCUGGGACUAUGAAACGCCGUCCCAUUUACAAAUUCCAUCCAGAGAAUUCCUGUUACAAAAACUGGGGAUUCGCGAUUUACCGUACAUAUUAUGGCGCCGAAUCUGACACGCCAUGGAAGACUCUCCUGGAAGUCUUGAAACAGCAAACGUUACUGUCCGUUGGGUAUUACGAAAAUGAACAUAUUUGGAAGAGGGACUGGAAGUGGUACAUGGGCCCUUGGAAAGACAAAGCCAAAUAUGUGGCCUCAUUGGACACUUUCAAGAGCCUAUUUAGACUUCUGCCCAAGGAAGAUCCGUUGCUCUUGAAGGACCUCGAUAUCAAGGACCUAAGAGACAUUUGCCAGAAAGAACAUCCUGAAGCGGAGGAGAGGAUGGCAGGGGCGUCAUUCUGCUUCGUACUGGUUGCUGAUAAAGCCGUACUUGACGGCAUUGCACGAAACGAAUUUUUAGUCAAAGCACUCGGCUACGACUGGGAAGGUCAUAUAGAAGAUGGCGGUUGGGGUUGGGUCCGGCUGGAAACAGGUCGUUUGCUCGAGCUAUGGGAAGCACUUCUGCUUUCACAGUUGAUGGACAACAGCAAGUAUUACUCGCUGGGAUUCGAAGGCCCAGAGAGGGAUUUGGAAACCUACCUCUGGGACGGAGACAUAUUUAUCCCUCCGUUGUGCGAUUGCUCCAAAGCUGAGAUGGCGGAUCCAUUGACUGUGUCUGUGAGGCCUUGGUUCACAUUUAAUCAUCAGCUUAGAUAA